GCAUACAUCAGCUGAUCACUCUCAAGGUCGACUUCGCAGAGCAUCAUGGGGAGGACACUGAAUCCACUGGUUCUACCCGGGGACCGCUACAUCCCCAACAACUAAAACAACGCUGGUUCACCAUCACCACCAUAAUAGGAGAAUCACGCCUUUGCCCAUGACGGCAUAGCUGUCACGAGAUGCGGAUGCAAAAUAGAGAGUCACGGAUAAAUCAGAAAGGAGGUUGGUUACGCAGAGAGCAUCUCGUUUUUCAUAGGUUGAUGGAAGCUGGGCUAUUGUCGAAAGGGGAACGUGCGGAUUGUCGCGCAUCCACCCCACGAACCUGAGCUAUAGGAAACGAAAAACGUAGACAUUUUCAAGAGGCUGUUUUUACAGUACCGCAUUGGUGCCAGUGGAAUCGUUAAGGGUGAGAGAGGAAUAGCACGUCUGGUCACGACAGCACCAAGGACAGCGACGAAUCAGUUCCUUAUUUUUUGAGGCUGCAGCUUUGAAGACUGGGCGGUUCCGCAAGCCUUUUCUACCUGAAGAUCUUUUCUCUUGUCCUCCUGUCCUGUUUGUCAACUUCUUAUCAAGAGCUGCUUUUUGUUAUUGAAUAUCGCACUGAAGAUGGUGGAGGAAGAGAAAAAGCAGGUGACGGGAUACCUCCUUUUCUCUCUGGCCACUGCAGUCAUUGGCUCGCUGCAGUUUGGCUACAACACAGGGGUCAUUAAUGCACCGGAACAGAAACUGCGGGCUUUCUUCAACAACACGUGGAUGGAGAGGUAUGGCGAGCCCAUCAAACCAGGAACGUGCACCAUUGUGUGGAGCUUUUCGGUGGCCGUCUUUAGCGUGGGCGGCAUGGUGGGCUCCUUCAGCGUCGGAGUGAUGGCAGACAGAUUUGGGAGGAAAUUGUCCAUGUUCCUGGUCAACAUCCUGGCUGUGAUUGGAGGCCUCCUCAUGGGUUUCUCCACCCUCUGCUCCUCGUACGAGAUGGUCAUCGCCGGACGCCUCGUCAUCGGCCUCUUCUGCGGCCUCUUCACCGGCCUUACGCCCAUGUACGUGGGGGAGCUGUCCCCCACCCCUCUACGGGGUGCUUUCGGCACCUUGCACCAGCUGGGCGUGGUUAUUGGCAUCCUCGUGGCUCAGAUCUUUGGCUUGGAGUCUCUGCUGGGGUCGGACAAGUUGUGGCCUCUGCUACUGGCUCUGACGGUCGUCCCGGCCGUGCUGCAGUGUAUCCUGCUGCCCUUCUGUCCCGAGAGCCCUCGCUUCCUCCUCAUCAACCAGAACAAGGAGGAGCUGGCCCGCAAAGCCCUGGUGCGUCUGCGUGGCUCCGACGACGUGAGUAAAGACAUGCAGGAGAUGAAGGAGGAGAGUUCCAAGAUGGCCAUGGAGAAGAAGGUGACCAUCCCUGAGCUGUUCCGUACCGCAGCCUAUCGGCAGCCGCUCCUCAUCGCCGUCAUGCUCCACCUCUCCCAGCAGCUCUCCGGAAUCAAUGCUGUGUUCUACUAUUCAACUGGUAUCUUUGAGUCAGCCGGUGUCACCCAACCCAUUUACGCCACUAUUGGAGCAGGAGCUGUUAACACUGUCUUCACUGUGGUAUCUCUCUUCCUGGUCGAGAGGGCGGGACGAAGGACUUUGCAUCUCGUCGGAUUGGCCGGAAUGGCCGUCAGUGCCCUGCUCAUGACUAUUGCCCUCCUGUUGAAGGGCUACUCGUCUCUGAGCUACCUGAGCAUUGGGGCAGUGUUUCUGUUCGUGGCCAUGUUUGAGAUGGGGCCUGGUCCUAUCCCAUGGUUCAUAGUGGCGGAGCUCUUCUCCCAGGGUCCGCGGCCUGCCGCCAUAGCAGUGGCCGGCUGCUGCAACUGGACCGCCAAUUUCCUGGUGGGAAUCAGCUUCCCCAAACUGGAGGAGCUGUGUGGGCCUUACGUCUUUAUCAUCUUCAUGAUCUUACUGAUCUUCUUCUUCAUCUUCACCUUCAUCAAAGUCCCAGAGACCAAGGGCAAGACCUUUGACGAGAUCGCCCGUGAGUUUGGCGGGGCCACCCUGCCCCCUGCCACCUCUGUGGGAGCUCCUCCCACUAGUAUCAGCGUAACACUUCCUGCCUCGCCCAUCAAGGAGAAGGUUCCACUGGUGGAGGCGGCAGCAGCAGAGGAUAGGUCCAACUCAACUGUACAGGAGAGCUUGUAGAAUCCUGUGUUGGGUCAAUGGUUAAAGGUCAAGGGUUGGGGGUCAGCUGGUUCAAAAACAGAUCAAAGAUUAAUUCUUUGGCAGUUCAGGUACAUGGGAUGAGUGUUUGACGUGAAAGGAAAUAUACGUUCGUGUACAUGGAAAGCCAAAACACAAAUUUUUGGGUGGAUACAGUAGCUAGAAUGAAUUAGUGUUAUUUUUUCUCAUUUCUUUCUGUCACGUGUAAUAUAUUUCUCAGCCUAUAGGUCAAAAUUUGUAUUUUAAUUGUGUUGCCUUCUUUUCCUGAGUGCAUCAUCAUUUAAACAGCUUUUAGUAAAGCCAAAGUGUUUCUGAUAAACAGUAGUUUUAACAGUGAAACAGUAGAUUAGGGUCAAUUGCAUUGGUUGGCUUUCAUGGUUUUAGAAAUAGCUUUUUUAAAUAACCCAAUAAUCCCAGAAUGAUCGUACUUGACAGUUAAUUUUAACAGUUGUUGUAUUUGAGAACAAAAUAAUAUGCUUAUACCCUACUCAACAUAAGAAUCCACUGCUAAAAAUCACAUUUAGAUGGUUGCAUAAUAAAGAGAGAGAGAGAGAGAGAGAGAGAGAGAGAGAGAGAGAGAGAGAGAGAGAGAGAGAGAGA